GCAAAAUGGCCAGCUGCCUCUGAACAAGUGAGAGAAGCUGUGACACUUCUUUGACCCUUGGAUGGGCAAUGAAGUGUCAUUGUCGCUUUGCUUUCCAAAGGUAGAGGCUAAUAGGUUUUAUGGCUGCUGAGUUAUCAAUUUUUAGGAUAUAAAGGUGAAAAAAGAAGACAAUUUCUUUCUUCACAGUCUAAAGACCUAACAAACAGCACUACAGGAUUAUCAAUUCGUUCAGGUUCUUACCAUGAAGCUAUUGUUAGGCGCAUUGUUCCUUUGGUUGCUCUCCUCAGAAGGUAAUGCAGAUGAUCUGGAAGAAUAUGGGAAACUAGAGGCUCUAAGAAGCUUGCAGUUUUCAUGUGAGCAGGCGACAUUCCCUGAGACCCUUUCAUCUUCAGUUCAUGCUCUAAGGCCAGCUGACAUUAAAACAGUCACUGCAAUAGGAAAUUUUCAAAGAACACCAGGAUCUGUUGAGGAUUUACUCCAAAGCACAGGAAAGAGCUUCCUUGAAGUAAGCGUGAAAACUUUAGCAGUUCUCAUUAGCAGUUUUAAUCCCACGGUCCUACACCUGUCCCCUCUGCCGGACACAAUGGGAGCAACGUCAGGCAGUCAAGCCGUAGACCUCCUACAUCAAGCUAAAGAAAUAGUGGAGCUCAUGAAAGAGAAUCAGUUGAUGGACUUCCAAAAUGACUGGAAACUAAUCACAGUGUUUUUUAGUGCUGAAAAUCCAUGUUCCUCCUGUGCUUCCACAAAACUGAAGAACUGCACAUUGGAAAACCUGGAACAACUUCAAGCUGUCUUGGAUUUCUUGUAUAAGAAGGUUCCCAAGGCCUUUGUAAAUCUAGUGGAUUCCACUGAGCUCGCAACUGCCUCUCCUGCAUGCCAAGAUUACAGCAAUGCCAGCAAUCCAGACAAGAAUCAGUGCAAUUGUGUUGGUGAAUGCUCCACAUUAGAUGAUAACAUAUUGAGGUGGUCCUAUCAGGAUGCUUGGGAAAAACUACUGGAAUCUGAGAGGUUUAAUCAGAGGGAUGACUUCACUGUUGUUCUUCAGCCUUCUCUCCAAGAAAGAAAUCUGCUGCUCAGACUGGGCAAGGACAGUUUGACUACCACAUCAAAGACACAAGUGAAAACUCUGGAAGACUAUAUUUUCAUGGCUGUGGGCCUCUGGAACAACAUGAUGCAGCCAGUUGGACAGAAGCAGCCUUAUGGUGUCACAAACAUUGUUCAGGUCCAAUGUCCGUCUCAGGAAAAUCCGUAUUUGUUUACAUAUAGAAAUAGUAACUAUUCAUCUUCCCUGAAGACAUCAAACACCAAAGAAACAUCUCAGGAGAGAAGUUAUGGAACAAAUAUUCCCUGUACUGACUGGGAACCCUCUGAUACGAUUCCGGUUUCAGUUCAUAAUUUGAAACCGGCAGAUAUCCAGGUGAUUGCUGCAGUGGGAGAUUCACUCACAGCAGCUAAUGGGGCAGGAUCCAGACCCCAUGAUGUUCUGAAUGUCCUGGUUCAGUACCGAGGUCUUUCUUGGAGUGUUGGAGGAAAUGAAAACAUAAGCACGGUCACGACACUAGCAAAUAUUCUUCGUGAGUUCAACCCAUCCUUGACAGGGUAUUCCACUGGCACUGGAACGCAGAAUUCAGAAAAUGCUGCACUCAACCAAGCUGUGGCAGGAGCUCGUGCAGAGGAUGUUCCUCAACAGGUUAGAAAACUGGUGGACCGCAUGAAGAACGAUACUAGAAUAAAUUUUCAGACUGACUGGAAGCUCAUAACACUUUUCAUAGGAGGAAAUGACCUAUGCAGAUUGUGCGAGGAUCCAGCUCACCAUUCUCCUGAAAACUACACCUAUAAUAUACAAAUAGCUUUGGACUUACUUCACGAAGAGGUUCCACGGGCAUAUGUGAACCUGGUGACGAUACUGCCCAUUGCAAGCCUCCGGGAGCUGCAUGCAUGGACAAACAAUAGCUGCCCCAAGCGGCUUAUGAGGAUCCUGUGCCCUUGUGUCAUAACCCCUGAGGACAACUCCAAUGAUUUAAAGAUGUUGAUCUACUUUAACAGAAGGUAUCAGGAGAGAACCCGCCAGUUAGUGGAGAGUGGAAGGUAUGACACUAAGGAUGAUUUCACAGUGGUUAUGCAGCCAUUUCUGACUAAUAUGGACAUGCCAAAAACACAGGAGGGGUGGCCAGAUGAUUCAUAUUUUGCCCCAGAUUGUUUCCACUUCAGCCAGAAGACUCAUUCCCAGGCUGCACGUGCUUUGUGGAACAACAUGGUGGAGCCCUUAGGGGAGAAGACAGAUAAUCUGCGCAUAGAGGAUGAGAUCGUUCUCAAAUGUCCAAAUGCAGGUGUGCCGUUCCUGAGGACGUAUAAGAACAGUAAUUACACAUACCCUAACCAAACUCCAAAUUAUGGAAGCCAGCUGCCAUGUGAGGACAGGUCUCCAUCCUCCCCUCCUGCAACUUCAGUGCAUUCCCUAAAGCCAGCUGAUGUGAAAAUUAUAGCAGCCCUUGGGGAUUCUUUGACGGCUGGUGCAGGAAUUGCCUCAGAUACUCUUGAGGAUUUAGCCACUCAAUACCGGGGACUGUCUUGGAGUAUUGGAGGAGAUGAGUUGUUAAAGAACGUGACAACCCUACCUAACAUCUUUCGAGAGUUCAAUGUUACAAUCAUGGGCUAUUCAACUGGCACCGGGAGUGAGAAUGAUUCCAACGCAUUCCUUAACCAGGCAGUUCCUGGAGCAGAGGCUGAGCACUUACCAGCCCAAGCAAGAAAUCUCCUGAGACUUAUGAAAACUGAUGAUAGAAUUGACUUCAGUGCUGACUGGAAGAUCAUAACUGUGUUUAUUGGAGUCAAUGAUUUGUGCAACUCUUGCAAAGACCCUGAACACUACUCAGCUGAGAAUUACAUCAAAAGGAUCCAAGAAACUCUUGAUAUUCUGCACAAGGAGGUUCCAAAAGCUCUAGUGAGUCUGGUUGACGUGGUGGAUGUCCUCUCUCUGAGACAGUUAUUUGUGGAUUCUCAAGUUCAGUGCCCAACUUACUUAGCAGAUUAUCUGUGUAGCUGUGUUUUCACAGGAGAAGAAAACUCAGAAAAUUUAACGAUGGUGAGGGAAGCCACCAGAGCUUACCAGCUUGGCAUUCAGAGACUAAUAGAGUCUGGCAGAUAUGACACUCAUGAAAAUUUCACGGUGGUCAUCCAACCUUUCCUCCAAAAUGUGGAGAUUCCUCUCGGUCAGGAUGGGCAUCCAGAUGUCUCCUACUUUUCACCUGACUGCUUCCAUCCAAGCCAGAAAGGCCAUUCUCAGCUUGCCAAGGCUCUCUGGAAUGCCAUGUUACAGCCUGUAGGCCAGAAAGCUGACUCAUUUGAUUUUGCGGCUGACAUCGUCCUUGGCUGUCCAGCUCAGGACAAGCCAUUCCUGGGAACAUACAAGAAUAGCAACUACACACUUGUGGAGCCCACUAGUGAGCCAAUAGAGAAUUGGGGCAGUGAGCUAUCAUGUCCUGAACAGUCUCCAUCUAGUCGUGUCCCAACAUCAGUACAUGAGCUACGACCUGCUGACAUCAGAGUCAUAGGAGCACUGGGAGAUUCCCUGACUACUGCAGAAGGAGCCAAAGCACCUGACCUAGAAACAGACUGGAGGGGACUUUCCUGGAGUAUUGGAGGUGACGAGACCCUGGAGAUCCAGGCUACUUUACCUAAUAUCUUGAAGAAAUUCAGUCCAAACCUCUUUGGCUUCUCCACUGGCAUUUCUAAGGAAACAGCUGGAUUCAACGUUGCAGAGAGAAAUGCCACAGCGCGCAAUAUGCCAGCCCAAGCACGUGAAUUAGUGGAGCUAAUGAGAAGCAGCUCGAAAAUUAACUUCAAGGAAGACUGGAAGCUGAUCACUGUCCUUGUUGGAGGCAGCGACCUGUGCCAGUACUGCUUGGACAAGGAAACCAAUUCAGUGCAAAAGUAUGUAAAGCACCUUCAGGACACUCUGGAUAUUUUCUAUGAGGAGCUCCCAAGAGUCUUUAUCAACAUGGUGGAGAUGCUAGAGUUUUCUGGACUGCGUCAGAUCACAGCAAGCUCUUCAGGGUGUGCUUUGACAGCAAAGAAAAUUUGUCCAUGUUUCUUAAACCCUGAGGAAAAUUCUCCUGAACUACAAGAAAUUAAAAGAGUUAACAGAGAUUUUCAGGCUGAAGCCUUGCAGCUGAUCAACAGUGGUCGGUAUGAAAACCGUGAGGACUUUGCUGUUGUCACACAGCCGUUUUUCCGAAACACCUUGUUGCCCCUGGAUAGCACCAGCAGGCCAGAUCUGAGUUUCUUUGCUGCAGACUGCUUUCAUUUCAGCGUAAGAGGCUAUGCUGAGAUGGCCAUGGCUCUCUGGAAUAAUAUGUUGGAGCCAGUUGGUGAAAAGCAGACUUACAACAACUUUACCUAUGACAGAUCAAAACUCAAGUGUCCAAACCCAGAGAAACCUUUUCUUUUCACACGGAGAAAUAGUGGAUUUGGAAAUUCAGACCUCAGCUUGGAGAAAUCUGAACCUUCAGUCCCCUACUGGGCUGUCAUUGUGGCUGCAAUAGCCGGAGUCCUGUUGGGUUCUUUACUUGUCUGCAUUGUGUCUCGAAGAAGAACCAAGAAGCCCCAACGUAAGACUGACAUAGAAAAGAACAUUAAAACAACCCCUCUAUAACACAAGUCGAACAAACAUCUUUUUCUGGCUGCUCGUUGCUGUGACACAGAGUAGCAGAAUAAAAAACCUGUUGGAUAUGAA